AUGCUGCGGGAAGCCUUUGCUGCCCGAGGGCAUGGAGUGAAGAAGUACGCGAGGGACCUGCCUCUUCUUCUUGGCAUCUGUGCCCUGGUGGCCCAGCUGCAGCCCCGGACCCAGCCUCUGGCUGUGCAGGAGGAACGAGGCCUCGAUGCCUUUCCUGGCGCACCGAACUGGCUCGUCUAUCCCUGGGAGUCGCCUUUCGCUGGCACUUGCGGAAAGAUCCCUUCAGACAUACAGAGGGUCAUCCGACAUGUCGGGCAAGACGAGGAAAACCGCGAAGUGCUUGUGGUCAACUUGGCAGAUGAGCACAUGACGGUGGGCGAGUCCCAGUUGCUGGCACAACAAGCGCUUUGUGGCUUAGACAGCGUGGCGAAGUCCAUCGGCUGGACGCGGCCGCAAGUGGCAGAGCACAUGUUUCGCAUGAGCUUGAUCGUGGACUGCUCCAAGCUAAGCCUCGGCAACUGGCUGCCCUGCAUUCGAUGUAUCAUCAGGGUGAUCAAGGCCAUUCAGCCCUUUGUGUCGCCCUUCUACGACCGCCUCCCUGGGGACAUAUCUGUGCUGGAUCCGCCCCCGGUAGCGAACUCCGCCUGGCUGAUGGUUCAGCCUUGGCUGGGGCAACCGACUCGGGAAGUCGUCCACUUCGUGAAGUCCGCCGAUCUCAAGGGGAGCAAUGCUCCCGAACUCGAAGCAGAGAGUGAGGAGGACACCGGUUUCUGGGAUGUGCCGCACUAA